AUGCAGUCUUGGUCAAACAAUGGCCAAAACGGCGCCGAUGAGACACAGCAUCAAUGGCACAAUAACUAUGCCUUUGCAGGCCAAAACGGCCAAUUUGACCCUCAUCAGCCUUGGUCACAGCCUGUGAGCGAGCAGGCUGCCUACUCACAACUUAAUCCUCAAGAUGCUUCCCCAUCAAACUUUUUCGACUCUGACCAAAGUCACCCCUUCCUCUCAAACCCUCUGCAUGGCUCUCCACAGGACCAAGCAAGCUACCACCCAAGCCAUGACUCUCUCUCCAUGAACCAACAAUAUCCACAACAGUCACAAGAUGUAAUGGAGACAGAUUUUAGUGGAAUUCAUCCUGAUAUCUACGGUCAACACGGCAAAAUAAACCUGGAUAACGCCAUGACUGGUAUUGGACAACUAUCAAGUCAUCCUCAUUCUACCAAUUUCCCAUAUUCUAUGGCACCACAAAAUGAGUCAUCCUUCGAACCUUCUAUCCAGCAGCAGUUUUCUCAGCAGCAUGUAAUGCCACAAACAAGUAGGCAGCAGAGUCAUACACCAGUGCAGCAAUUUGACGGUAUCUCGUCUGCCUAUACCCCAGGCCAUAACUUCAGUCGACCGCCACAGCCAUCCCCGGUCCAGAAUCAGCAACAGUACAACCAAGCUGCUUUUUCACCUCCAGUGAACGGCCAGACGCCUCAACCACGGCCGAAUGAACAACUGAACUUCCAACAAGGCCAUCCGCAAGCACGACAGCAACCUCAGCCUCAGCCUCAACCUCCUCAGCAACCUCCUCAGCAACCUCCUCAGCAACCCCCUAAGCCUCAACAGCAGAUGCAACAAAACCAACCGCAACAAACACCACCACAGCCUCAGUUUGCCACUAAGCAACCUGUGGUCUAUCCCCAGACCUCGCAGCCUCUGCCUGGUCAGAAUUUCCAGCAAUCGAUACAUCAUCAGCAGCCACCCCACUUCAUCAACAACGCCACAUCACCACCCACAGCUAACACGCAAUACAUUUUGUCACAACCAGGCACGAAUCAAGAUACCGGGGCCCUUCAACCUGCGACGAACGAACCGCCUCCUAAGAAGAGGAAGCGGGCAGCGAAGACUGAAGUCAACACUCCUACCCCCACUCCGGAGCCCACUGCAACAUAUAUCGACUCGCCUGUUGGGUCUCCUGCUGUGAAAAAGAUUGAUGACCUCGAUGGCCUCUCAGCUCCUACGCCCACCCCCGAAGAAGCCCAGUUAAUCAAUCAAUUUAAUAAGCGCACUAAGGCCGCCCAAGCCAAGUUUCCUGCUAUCAAAGGGCUUCCUCAUUUGGUUCUUGAGGGAACAAUUAAGCUUCCCGCACCUAAGAGCUAUGAUAAGCUUGCCCCUCUUGUGGCACUGCCACCCCGUAGCGGAAGACAGAUGGUCCCCGAACUUGGUUACAGUCUUCCAUGUGAAGUCCAGGGGCGUUUCACCAGCCAAUACCGCCCCUCUCCAGACAAGGGUGGACUUGAUGAGAGGCGCAUGGAGGCCAAGGUGCUUUUGGAUGACUUUGAUCGUUCCAUGAAGGGCUUAGGCAAACGGCGUCCCAAAUACACGGAGUACCCGCAUGCUUUCAAAGAGCAACUUAAAUCUGAUGAGGCUUCGAAGAACAAAGCCGAGAAAAAGGCAAAAAAAGAUCUUGAGGAAGAGCGCGGUAAGCCCGUAAGUUAUUCGGUACAGUCUUUCGUAGGUCCUAUGGUUAACCAUGUCCAGAUCCGCGCAGCUACCCGCCCAACCGACCCUGCUGAAGCAGCUGCCUGGGAUGCCAUCGGGAUGGUGCACAUCGAGCAGUCUGUUGCACGUACCAAUGCCCUGAUUGCAACCCGUGUUCAACAAGCAGGCGAGUAUUUCAUCAAACUUCGCAGCGAAAUGAACCGUGCCAAGCAGGAUCUCGACCAAGCUAUCAAGGACAAGAAGCCGGAAGGUGUGAUUGCAAAGGACCGACAGGACUUUGACCAAAAGAAAGAAAUACUCUACCGAGCUUUGGAUGCCACUAUUGAGCAUGCAGAUGAUGCGGUAUUGGAUAACCUCGGCGGCCACCAAAAGCUAGUUUUAAGUUUGGUAAAUGCACUGAUCAUGUGUAUCAAAGCGAGUGACUUUUCGGGAAAGCUCCCUAAGAUUGUCCUUGAGAUGUUUACACAUUUUCCUAUGACGAAAAAGAUCGCUGAGACAACGAACUUUGAAACAGUGAGGAAACGGUUUGCCGACAAGGGAGACUCGGAGGUCAAAGAACUUGUAUCAGAAAUUACAGUCAAAGUCAAGAAGCUCAAGGCCAGUGAGCCCGAAAGCACAGGCUAUCAAGGCACUUCAGCGUCCAGCAGAGCAAAGGCUAAACCGGGGACGGAGCCUUCAGCCAAACGUGGGCGAGACGAGGAGGCUGAAACAAGAACGGUUAAAAAGAUUGCAGUAGAAUCUAGCGGCAAUGCUCUUAGCAGGAAACUUGCCCAGCCCAAGAUUCAACUUCAAUCAGCAUCCAAAACCAGUGCAGCGAAGGCAGCAGCAGCUUCUAUCCUGCCUGGCAAACCCAGACCAGUAGCCAAACCUGCACCAAAGCCUGAAUCAAAAGCAGACGUGAAGGUCAUAAGUGACGACAAGAUAAAAGCAGAAGCGAAGCCACCACGAAACGAGACGAAACCACCGGCACCUCGAAAUGGGACUACAACCGCUCCGACCUCAAGCUCAGCCAGCGCCCUUUCCGGCAUUGCUUCGCUCUUGGACUCGAUCAAUGCACCAAAAGCCGAGGCUCCUGUUGCACCGAAGGAGACAAAUGGGUCUGAAACCUCUGAAUCACCUGAAGAGAAGGCUAAGCGUCUUCGGAAAGAGGCUCGCCGUAAGCUUCGAGUCAGCUGGAAGCCUGAAACUGAGCUUGUUCAGAUCAGAAUCUUCCAGAAGGAAGAUGCUGAGGACGAAGGACGAGAGUCGAACAUGACCCGAGAUGCCGGCGACGACCGAUCUGAGGGAAUGGUACUCAAACAACGUGCGAACGUAGAGGAAGAAGAGGAUGACGAAGACGUUCCUUAUCAACCUUGGAUGGGACCUGUCGCAAUCGACUUCUCUAGGCUGCCAACAGACGUCCGAAACAAGAGCUUUGUUACCCGAGGCGGAAAUGUCACCUUUACAACAGAUGAACAGCAGCGCAUUGCGGAUAGGGAGCAACGGGAGCUCGUGGCUAUCUACACUGACCCCGAUGACAUACCGCCCUCACCCAAGUCACCGAUACUCGAGGCUGCCAAACCUGAUCAACAGAAGACACAAUAUCUGCCCGAUGAUUCAAAGUUCCAAGAGAUCCAGCUUCGAUGGCGCGAUGAGCAGCAAAUGGGAUCUGAUGGAGCACUCUACACAGCCCUACAACGCAUCGAGGCGAAGAACAAUCCAGCAACUCGUCUCGAUUCGAUUCUGGGCAACCUUCGAGGUGUCGCUUCGGUGGCCCGCACAUCUCCUCCACAUGCCUCUCACUCACAGCCCCAUCCGGCCUUGGCUAAUGACACUCUACCUCUUAUCGCUGGCCGUGCCGUGUUGGAACAGGUCGUUGCGUUGCUCAAAUCCGACAAGGUUAAGAGCUGGCGAGACUCGAACCCAAUCACGAACGAUGUCUGGCGUGCCUUCCAUUACUCUGACAUGCCUACUCGCCUUUGUGGAGGUGCCAUUGAAGGUGUGGCCAAGUCUCUCUCAGGCAUGCCAUUUCCCAGCAAUUCGCCUCCAGAAUGGAUUCUCCACGAUCAAGAGAAGGUCCGCGAGUGGCAAAUGGGGCACAACAAAGAACUGGUAUCCCGGCAGAAAAGAGCAGACGAAGAACGUGCGCGCGCAGAAGCAGAGGCCAACGCCUUGCACGCAGCAGCUGUCGGUGCUUCUUCUGGCCAAGCCCCAGCUAAUCCUCAGGACUGGGCGGCCUAUUAUGCUCAGCAACAACAGGCUUAUGCGCCUUACAUGGCUUUGCUGCAGCAAAUCCAGCCCCAGCCCCAGCCCCAGCCCCAGACGACACCUGCACCUGUGCAGCAGCAGCCGCAAAUUCCUGAUACCCAGCUCCAGUCUAUCCUGGCCGCUAUCAACCAGCCGUCGCAGGCCUCAGGCCAAACCUCGACCGCGACCCCAAAUGUCGCUUCAUAUCUCAACCCCAACGAUCCAUCAUAUCAGCAGUACAUGAUGCUCACCCAAAUGGCACAAGGACAGCAAGUCCCGCCUCCGCCUCCACCACCCACAGCGGAACGAGAAUGGGAUAGAGACAGAGCAUACAGCCGAGAUAGAGACCAAGAUCGAGGUUGGGACCGUGAACGGACGUAUGACCGCGACCGUGAUGACCAUCACGGUGGUAGAGGAGGUGAUGGAAAAGACGGAAGGAAAAAGAAGCCUACUCUACCACCACACAAGCCUGCUAACAAAGCACUCAUUGGCACCAAGCCUUGUACUUUCUGGCAGCAGGGCAAGUGUGCUAGAGGAGACAAGUGUACAUUCCGACACGACUAA